UUAUUAUUAUUAUUAUUAUUAUUAUUGUACCCUUAUUAUAUACCUUUUAUAUACCUUUAUUAUACCUUUAUUAUACCUUACUAUACCUUACAAUACCUUAUUAUACCUUACAAUACCUUAUUAUAACCAUACCUUAUUACCCUUAUUACCUUUCCUUUAUUUACUUUUAUACCAUGGGAAAAUAUUUUUCUAAAGAAAAAAAUAAAACAACUAAACCAUGUAUAAAUUCUCAUGAAGUUUUCUCUCGUUCUUAUGAAAGUAAAGAUGAUUAUAAUGAAGGUGAACAUUAUAUUCAUAUUGCAACGAGAGAUAUAUUUAAAGUAAAUUUUUCUUCGGAUAUUCAAAAUGUUUUAUUAAAUCCUAAUACAAAAAUUUUAGAUGUUGGUUGUGGGUUCGGAUUCUGGUUAACGGAAAUGGCAUCAGACUUUCCAAAACCUAGUUACUUCGGGAUUGAUAUUUUACCAAUAUAUCCAAAAUCUACAUUUCCAAAUAAUAUCACAUUUCAACAACAUGAUAUUUUAAAAAGAUUACCUUUUGAAGAUAAUUCAUUUGAUUUCAUUCAUAUACAAUUUUUAAAUUUUGAUAUAACUGAAUUACAAUGGGAAACAAUUGUUUUUCAAGAACUUGCACGUAUUCUUAAACCAGGUGGAUGGUUAGAAUUUUGUGAAAUGGAAUAUGGAAUUUUAAAUUAUGGUCCUUUAUCCAAACAAUUUGAUUUAACAAUGAUAAAUUAUUUAAGGACAAGAAAUGUUAAUCCACAAAUAAUUUUACGUAGUCAUUCAAUAUUGAAAUCAAUUCCAUCAUUCUCAUCAUCACAUAUACAUCAUAAAAGACGGAAAUUUCCGGUAGGAUCUUAUAAAAAUCAAUUGGAAGAAUUAUGCGCUAAAAAUACAAAACAUCAAGUUAAAUCACUUUUAAAAGGUCAAAUAGGUAAAGAUAUGAAUGUUAAAAAAGGGGACGUUGAUUCAAUUACUGAUAAAAUAGUGAAAGAAUUUGAAACAAAUAAAUCUUAUUUUUAUAUUCAUAGAAUCUACGUUCAAAAGCAUUAACGGGUAUUAAACACAUUAUAACGCAUUUAACACACGCAUACACAUUUACACAUGCACUUAAACAUUUUUUUACACACGCAUUUAACAUUUUUUUUUUUACACACGUUGACACACGUUGACU